AUGGUCGGAGGUGAGUUACUAAAUUUUUAAUUUUUUUGGGUUUGGGUUAAUAUGUUUUGGGUUCGAGAAUGGCAUGUUUUUGUUGAGCUGUUCAACUUGUAAACUAAUAGGGAAAGUAACCAGUUGCAACGUUCAGAUUUUGAUCAAUCUUGGCACAAAUUUAGAUAAUUUUUUUUCACGCUUUUAGAUCCGAAUUUAGUAUAAAAAUUACAGUGUUUUGCUAAUUUUACCAUGCAAAAUUUCAUACCUAUUACUACCGUAGAGGGAAGUCUUAUCACAUAAAAUCGACUCUUUCCACACAAAACUUGCAAAGAUAUGGCCCAAAAGUGGUUUUUUCUGAGACCGCUCUCAGCGUUGUGUGUACUCUCUCGGCCGCAAAGACCGCCGAAGAUCUCGGCUGCCCUCGGAAAGCGCAAGCUAAAACUUUUAGGAAUUGAUAUUUAGUCCAUAUCCUACGUAUGUGCAAAAUUUAAAGAAAACCUGAGCGUUGAGGUGACUCCCUUGUAUGGAAAAUAAGCAGGGGCUUGAAAAAUCGAAAAAUCAUCGUUUUCUGAGUCUCCGAAUCUUUCAACGUAUUUUAGAUAGAUCCCAACUGCCCAAAAUUGCGAUACAUUUUCUAUUGCUACUACUGCUUAUUCCAUCUUUUAUUCUUGUUCAAAAAAGCUUGCAAUGUUUCCAAACAUCCGGCCUAGACUUUAUCAUGUCACCCUGGCAUGUGCAUCCUAUUAGAAGCCCUCAUAAAACCCUUUUUGAACGGCUCACUUUUACGGGGCACACUUUGAGAAUCUGCUAGGAUCCUUAAUCAUUCGCUUGAAUAUUUAGUGACGCAUUUUUUAGACUGUUCCGAAGACGCUUCUUGCGGAACAUGAAUCACAACGGUCAUAAGUGGUUUGAGAUGUUUUUACAAAUAAUAAGAUUGAAGUUCAAACCAGCAGUUGAUUUGAGUGUUGUCACUGUUGUUUGAGGAAUUUUGGAAGGGUUUUUGAGAUUGAAAUUAACGGGGUGAUUUUAGAAAAUUAAAAAUUUUUUUUUGAAAUUUAUGAAAAUUUUUGGGUUAAAUUUGAUAAUUUCUGUGAUUUAUAUCUGCCCCAAAGAUAUUACCUUUGAUUUGCUAUGUUUAUUGGGAAGAUGACAUUUAUAGAUUUCCAUAUUUUACACAUUUUUUCGUUGUGGAUCUUACAAAAACUUUCAUUUUUCCCCCAUUUUUUCUCCUAUUCUUGCUGAUUUCUCGCUGGAUUUGAAUAUUUCUUGACGUACUGCAACUUUGCAUGCAUUAAAAAAUCAUAUGCAAAAACUAUACUAGUUUAGUCACUUAACACAACUAAUUUCUGCCCCACAAAAUCUCAAAAUAAAUUUUAAAAUCCAACAAGGCGUCAUCAAGAUUUCUUAGGUCGUAAUUUCCGCCUACAGACAUAAGGUAGUACUCAAAUUUUACUAUCCCCCGGCUGAGACGCUUAAUUCCGCUUUACUCUCCGCUUUUAUUUAUUUUACAAUCCGCUUGAUCGCGUCAAAUUUAUGAGUUUUUCUGAUACUUUUUUGAUUUGUCCAAACAAACUGAUCAAGUGCGACUUGACUCCCGCUUUUCAAGGAUCAAAAAUAAAGAAGCGUAAAAGUGCUACUAGCACUUUUCGAAACAAGGGGUGAUGCACAAGCUCUAGGGAUCAUGUAAAUUCACAGGGUGUCGGGUUUCGCAAAAUGGGGGAAUUUGACAAGAACAUGGGUGGAAAGGCUUGCAAAUGGAAGGAAAAUGUUUGAAAAAAAUAAAAAAUGCAAGAAAAUUUACUAGGGAAGUAGCCCAAAUGCAACAUCCAGAUUUUCUUUAAAUUUUGUCUACAUCUUUGGUAUAGGCCGCAUGCCAAUUCCUGAAAGUUUUUGCUCGCGCUUUGCAGGAGCAACCGAGAUAUUGAACGGUCUUUGCCGCCGAGAGGGUACGUAAAACACGGAGAGAGGUCAGAGAAAAAAAAACUAUUUUUGGCCAUAUCUUUGCCAGUCAGGUGGAAAAAAAUUAUUUUUGCGUGGAAACUUUGCUGUGUGCGGUAGAAAUAGGCAAGAAACUUUUAAUUCCAAAAUUUGCAAAAAAAUUGUCACACUUUUUGCCAAUUUUUGAUCAAAAAAUCUCAGUCGUUUCUACAAAGCAAAAGCUAGAAUUCUCGUCUAGAUCUUAAAAAGAGGCUCUAAUUUUGAGCCAAGUUUCAUCAAAAAAUCUGAGCGUCGUACUUGGGGUACGCAUCCUGUUAGCUUUAAAAUGGGGCAAAAUACGAUAAAUCUAUUCGUUAAUUCUCUUUGGAAAGCAAACAAAAUAUUUCAAGAUAAAAAAUGGAUAUAAAAACCUAGGUAAUACAGAAAUCAUUGCAGUGGAAGAUUCCCCGUCCGCCUCAUCCUCCUCAUCGCACGUUAUCACAAAUCAUUUGGCCACCACAAACGCCUCUCCCAUGCGAUCGCUUUCAAGUGCCUCGGGAGGCCUGUACAUUAGUGCGCCGGGCAAGAUCAUCCUGUUCGGCGAGCAUGCUGUUGUUUAUGGAAAAGUGAGUAAUCGAGACACCAAACUCGGCCUUUUAUCGGCUUCAGCAUCAAAUAACUCUCUUUUUUGUCCUAAUUUGGACCUUAAAAUAAAGAAGAUCGGGCUUUAAGAUAGAGAAAUAAUGUGAUGGUAAAGUUAAAUCACGAUUUCAGACUGCCAUUGCCGGCUCGAUUGAUCUUAGGACAUAUGUCUCACUGUUUACCUCGGCCGAUGGACGAAUAUACCUCUCAUUGCCUGAUCUACAAGUUGAGCGGACGUGGAUGUUAAAGGAUUUACUCAAGGCCGGCGAACGCUUGGCGGGUGAGUUUAAAGGCUUUCUAUAAUGACACCUCUGUGCAGUAAACUCCCAUGCAACAAGACCUGUCUAUAGCAAAGAAUUUAAGACUUUCAUAAGGGUAGAUUUAUGUCAAAAUUAAAAGCUGUACAACAAAAUUUUUCUAUUACAAAUUUUCGUUGCUCUUAGUUUGUUGUACAUAGACUGUACUGUAUCUUAUCUGCCCACUUUUUUGAAGCCACUUGGCCCUCAUAACAGUCCUCAAAAUCCCGUUCUUUUAGCCGAAUGUCCAGUCACCGACGACGGUCCCCCAUCGUUGGAGCUGAUCGUCCCGAUUGCGCGGAAACUGUCGGGUGCAUGCGAAGAUCAAUGCGGUGUUCAACACUUGGCCAUCUUGGCAUUUUGGUAUUUGCUCAUUGGAAUUGUUCAACGAAAACGGUAAGCCCCCGCACAUUCCUCGCAUUCUCCCCUGCACCGCUGUUCCGGUGGUCGUCUAUUUUUGCACUAGUCGAAGGUUGUCGCAGUAAGGAAGACAGCAAAACAGCAAAAUUCAACGGCCAGAAGCCCAUUUUUCAACCGGUUAUUCUAACAUUUUCUCGGUAUUUGGCCGCCUAGGAUGCUUUAUAUAAAGUUUCCCAUAACGAACUUUGUAUUUGGUGCAUUUAGGGCCCUGGAGUUGGUCGAUGGACCGGAUUCUACACCUUUCCCCUGUGAACUCACUGAUCCCAAGACAAAGUUGGUCUUUUUUCGCAGUUUAGUGUGCCGUAUUUUCUCGUACGAACCAUCAGCCCUAAUCUUCUUCCCCGUUUUCUUUGUUGUUCCGUUAACCGAGACCAGUCCCCCCGCCGGCUUUACACUCUUUUUCCUUCGCAUUUCCGAUACUCUUUUUCGUUUGUGGUUUCUAACCUUUCCUGUGUUGGGGCUGCAUUGAUGAGGCAUCCGGCCUUCGGGGCAGGAGAUUAAUCCGUUCGUUUUCAGGGAUUUGCUCGCGGUCAAAUGCACCGUGCGAUUUAAACUGCCGGCCUGCGUUGGUCUGGGUUCAUCAGGUGAGUUGGCGAGAUUUUUUUGGACCCUGAGGGCAUAUUAUGGGCAUUUUGCCUUGCAAAAAAUUGAUUAUAAAACUCAAAAUUGAAUGGCCUGCGAUUCUAGGAGCAUUUUGCGUAUGUAUUGCCACAGCGUUGCUGCAAACCGCCGGCCUUAUUCCACCGCCCUCCAUUCAGGUGGAUGACGAGGGCUCGCUGACCUGGGACGAGGUCCACCUGGACAUGAUCCGCAAAUGGUCGGCGGCGGCGGAGAGCUUGAUUCAUGGGCGCGCGUCGGGACUGGAUGCGGCCAUCUGCACCUACGGUGGGCUGGCGCUGUACAAACCCACGAAACGCAUCGAGAACCUGCAAAAGUAGGUGCUUGUUUGCUCGGAAUUUGCUGUUGUUGCAAAUGGCGGGCGAUAUGAUGAUUUUAAAACAAUUGAAAUGUCUUUUUUCAGUGUGCCUGACCUUAAAGUGAUCCUUGUGAACUCGCGAGUCGAAAGGAAUACCACUAGAUUAGUUCAAACAGUCCGAGAUCGCUUCAAGAAAGUAAGUUCGGCCUCCUCAUUCCUUCAUUCUCGCUUUUAGUUCCCCAAAGUCAUCGAUGGAAUCCUCGAAUCGAUCGAUGCAAUUUCCCAGGAAGCCGCGCGAAUCCUACAAAGGCCGUUGCCCGACGAAAACGGCUCCCAAAUUGUGGAGAACGGCGGCCGUUCGGCCACACUGACUCCGUCUUUUGCUACGGAGGCCGAGCAUCACAGUUUACAGGUAGGUUGCGCCAACAGUGUACCUCCUCUGUCCUCCUAUCUAUCCAUUUCCGAAAAAUGCUGUCGUUUUGAUUGCACUGGAGAGUCUGUUUGUUGAGAUCCGUAACAUACGUGCUUUUGCGAGACAGUCAGCGAUAUUCGGCGUCAUUCUAUACGUUGUUAUCGGCGGUAAAACGUCCCCUUCUGUCGUAGCACACGCUUUGAGAACCUCUCGUCCAAUGUCAUGUCGCUGACUGUCGCCGCAAGGCCGCCCUCUCCGGCUUGAAACCUUCCACUAUAAUCCACUGACACGUUACCCUCUUAACUUUUAGCCGAUUACGAUUGGCGGCCGCUCCUCCAGCUUGUCGUCGUACGCGGCGGGCGGGAAGCGCGGCAGCACCGCCUCCGCCAUCAGCUCCUCCUCUCAGGACCCGAAACUGUCGGCCGAAGCGCGCGAGCUUCAGCACACCUUCUCCAAGUUGAAUGUAUGUGCGAAUUGAGCGAUUUUUUGCCUAACCGGUUCAUGCUUUUGAUGUGGUAACGUUAUAACCGUCCACAACAAUCGUUCGACUUGUCGGAUUUUGUUUGUAUUCGGAUGGUGUUGAUGGCGUUGUUUUAGGACCUCUGUCGAAUCAAUAAUCAACUUCUGAUCGCGCUGGGCGUAGGCCAUGCCAAGGUGGAUCAGAUCUGUACAUUGCUAGGACGAUAUGGCAUUCAUCCCAAAAUGACCGGCGCUGGUGGAGGCGGCAGUGUUUUCGCCUUCUUGAAACCAGGUAGGCCAUGUUUUCUUUGAACGAAAAGUUGGUGAAAACUUCAAAAUGGACGUUUUAGAGGUUUAUUUUAGUCUUCAAAUUUGUGUUUUAGGACAAAAACAUAUGCGAAUUUUUAUGUUUGAACGUAUGCUUCGGUCUUUUUCCCAGCUUAAAUUGGGGCAAAACAAGCCUACAUAUAGUAAAAAAUUGCUUCAAAGAAACAAGUUUUUAACUUAAAAAGGGCUAUAGAAAUCAUAGGCUUCAUGCAGCGUACAGCAUCGUUAUAUAAUCAAAAGUUUAUGACAUUUCUUGCAUUAAUAUAAGUGCCAAAAUUGCUUAUAAUUCUAACCCAUCCCGCAUUCAGAUACAUCCCAAACCGUGCUCAACAUGAUCCGCGACGAGUUGUCCAAGGAGGGCUACGAGAUGUGGCAGCCGCCGCUCGGCGGGCCCGGCGUCAUGUGUCACCAGACCAAGCCGGACCUGUUCUUCGCCGGCGGCGGUAGUCACGCGCCGUCGCAGUCGAGCCGCGCCAACACGCCCGCCGGCUCGCAGCAGUCGACGCCGGCCAUACGAAAGAAAUAA